AUGAGUAAAAUACCGACUAAUCGUCCAUCAUUACCAGCAAUUAAACCAUUUGUUCGUCAACGUCCAAAAUCACCGACUUCUCAACAGACAAAUCCCACUGGAAAUGAUCGGUCGAAUAACCCAUUUAGACUUGCUGAUCGAGUUACUACAAGUGGAAAAUCAGGAGUAGUAGCAUAUAUUGGUCCAACACAAUUUGCUGAAGGCGAAUGGAUAGGAAUUAUGCUUGAUGAAGCUCAAGGGAAGAAUGAUGGUUCAUACGGAGAUGUUCGCUAUUUUAAAACUGAAGCUAAUCGUGGUCUUUUCUGUCGAGCAGAUAAAGUUCAACUUCUUUUAUCGAUUGACACUCCUCAACAAACUCCACCAUAUAAUAAAUCAAGAAUAUCUUUCAUAGAAGAAGAGCGUGUCAAUACUCCAUCAAAACAUCCGCCAUCUGAUACACUAGAUGCAUAUAUAAAAGAUCUUCAAAUUGGUGAUUCAGUAUCAAUUCGUGGAACGAAAUUUGGUACACUAAAAUAUAUCGGUAAAAUCCAUGUGAAUGAAGGUAUUUGGUGUGGUAUUAAAUUAGAUGGACCAUUGGGUAAACAUAAUGGUAAAAUUGAAGGAGUACGAUACUUUCGAUGUUCACAUCGUUAUGGAAUAUUUGCUCCUCUACGACAUGUAGAAAAAGUUGUUGUUGAUUCUAAAGAACCACGAAGACCAGAUCAAGAUUCACCAAGUCCAGAUUCCGAUUUAUCAGAACAUUCGGACUCAUCGAUUAAUUCAAAUCAUUUUCCACCACGAUCACCAACUAAAAAAUCGAAUGAAUCUGCAGACUUUAUCGCCCGAGAAUCAGCAUUAUCAACUCAGAUAUCAGACUUACUUAAGAAAAUUGAAGAAAAAGAUAAUAUUAUCGAAAAAUUACAACAAAAAAAUAAUAAAUAUCAUUCUGAACUUUCAAAUACUACAGAAAAAAUGAAUGACUUAGAAAUUAAUAUUCUCGCAUUACAACAACAACAUGAUAUAAAAGAAAAUGAAAAUGAAAAUUUAACGAUUCAAGGACUUGAAUUAGCACAACGUUUAGAAGAUUUACAAUUUCAACUUGAAGAAUAUCAACAUCCCGAAUCAAAUCAAGAUCAUUUUAAAAUUCCUGAUGAUCAUCGUCUAUUAUCUCCAAAUGAAAUUUUUACUUACGAAAAAACUAAAGAAAAACUUACUGAACUUCAAUCAAUUAAUGAAAAUUUAUUACAUGAAAAACAAAUAUAUCAAGAAGAAUUAAAACGACAUAAUGAACUUAUAGCACAAGAAAAAAUAACAACUAACCUUAUUGAUGAAUUAAGAAAAGAAAUAAAAUUACUCAGAUCACAACUAUCAGAUCUACAAAUGCAAGAACAAUAUACAACAUCACAAUUAACAGAAAAAGAAAUAUUUUAUAAACAACAAAUCAAAGAUUAUGAAUUAAAGAUUAAUCAAAUCACUAAGGAAGCACAAAAUGUUUUUUCCGAUCUAUACCCAGGACCAGGUCGAAAAGUCAGUAAAAUGACCAUAACCUUUGAAGGGAUGGACAGCUACUCAAAUCCUUUUAGGGUUUUUAUUGGGGCACUACAUAGUGCUAAUGGGCCGGAAGAUAAUUGGAAUCCGAGACCAACACCUAUACAACUACGACUAACAUCAUUAGAGCAAGAGAAAGAAACAAAUGAUAAACGAAUUAAUGAUUUACUCAAUGAAUUAAAACGUCAUAAAGAAAAUAUUGUUCCUGAUCUAGAAAAACAAUGUCAAAUACUUAAAUUAGAACUACAAAAUCGAGAUCGUACUGCGAAUAUGGCACUUAGUGAACGAGAAACAUAUUUUGAACAACAAAUAAAAGAAUAUCAACAUAAUAUUCAUCAAGCUACUCGUGAGACAGAGAAUAUUCGAACUGAAUUAAAACAUAUUCAAGAAGAAAGUGAUUUAAAAGAGAGUAAAGCAAAUCUAUUAAUCAAUGAAUUAAAAUCUAAUUAUGAAAAAAUUCAAAUGGAAUUAAAUGAUCGAGAACAUCUAGUAAAUACAGUAUCUAAUCAACAUGAUUCAUUGUAUGAACAACAAAUCAAAGAAUAUGAAAAUAAUCUAGAGGAAGCUACUCGUCAAACUGAUAAUAUUAAAGCUGAAUUAGCAAAAUUAGAAGAAGAUAAAGUUUUACAUGAACAAAAAUGUAAUAAUAUUGUUGAUUCAUUAAAACAAGAUCAUGAACGACAAUAUGAAAUUUUGAAUACUCAAUUAGUUACUAUACAACAUAACGAUAAUACACAAAAUAUAAUUUUAAAUGAACGUAUAGCUCAUUAUGAAAUAGAAAUCAAGGAAUAUCAAAUUAAAAUAGAUCAAGAUGCUCGAGAAAUUCAAAAUCUUCGAGUAGAAUUAAUAAAAAUACAAGAAGAAAACACGAGCCAUGAACAACAAUUGAAGAACAUCAUCGAUACACUUAAAAAAGAUUUAGCUAAACUUCAAAAUGAACUAAAUGAUCGAGAAUAUCAAGCAAAUAUGACUCUGCAAGAAUAUGAAUUAAAAUACAAAGAACAAACUGAAGAAUAUAAAAAUAAUCUUGAGCAUACUAACGAACAAAUUCAAAAUCUUCAAACAGAAUUAGAAAAUUUACAAAAAGAAAAAGCUUUAAAUGAAAAACAAUUAAAUGAUACUAUCGAUCAAUUGAAACAAGAUUAUGAAAUAUAUAAAACUGAUGUAGAAAAACGAGAUCAAACACAAAAUAUAACAUUAAGUGAACGUGAAAUUUAUUAUCAAACUGAAAUAAAAGAAUAUCAAAUGAAGAAUGAUCAAUUUCUUAUUGAAAUACAAGAUUUACAAACUAAAUUAAGUCAAUUACAUGAUGAAAAAACAACGAAUGAAACUCAACUAAACGAAAAUAUCAAUAAAUUAAAACAAGAUCAUGAAGUACAAUAUAAAGAACUUCAAAUUGAAAUAGAUGAAUUAAAUGAACGAGAACAUAAAGUACAUAAGGAAUUACAUCAGCGUGAAUCACAUUUUGAUCAACAAAUUACAGAAUAUCAAGAUAAAUUAGAACAAGCUAAUCUAAAGAUUCAACAUAUUCACGAUAAAUUGAUAAAAUCAGAAGAAGAAAAAACAAAAUCAAAUGAUAUAAUUACUUCAUUACAACAUGAUCUUGAUACACUUAAAACUGAAUUACAAAAUCAAGAUCGUUCUCAAAAUAUGGCAUUGAAUGAACGUGAAACUCAAUAUCAAUCCCAAAUAAAAGAUUAUCAAAUCAAGAGAGAUGAAUCUGUUCUUGAAAUACAAUCACUUCAGUCUGAAUUAGCUAAAUUACAAGAAGAAAAAGCAACGAAUGACAAUAAAUUGAAUAAAACUAUCAAUACAAUACAACAAGAUUUUGAAAAACUUCAAAAUGAACUAGCAGAAAGAGAACGGAAAGAAAAAAAUAUUCUCAAACAAUGUGAAUUACAAUAUGAACAACAAAUCGAUGAAUAUCAAAAAAAUUUAGAACUUUCUAUAAUUCAAAAUCAAAAUAUUCAAUCUGAAUUAGCAAAUUUACAAGGCGAAAAACAAUCGAAUGAAAAGAAUCUAAAUGAAAUAAUGAGUUCAUUAAAUGAAGAUUUUAAUGAACAAAUUGAAAUUUUGAAAACACAAAACAUCGAAUUACAAGAAAACUUUAAUGCAAAAAAUAAUGAAUUGACUCAAAAAGUACAAGAAAUCAAUGAAUAUCAAACAAAAUUCGAACAAUUCAACGAACAAAUUGUAGAAUUGAAUCAACAAAAUGAAGUUAAAAUAAAUCAACUACAACAAUUAAAAAGUGAACUUGAUCAGAAAAAUCAAGCAAACAAACAGAUUACGAAUAUGAAACAACAAUAUGAACAAACGCAAGAUGAACUUCAUCAACGUACAGAAAAUUUAACAACAAUAAAUGAGACAUUUAAGAAAGAAGUUGAAAAAUUAAAAGAACAAAAUGAACAAUUAGUAAAAAAUGCAACUGAUAAUAAUAAUAAGAAGAAUAAUGAGACUACAGAAAAUCAAGAUAUGAUUGAUCAAUUAACUAAACAAGUAAAUGAUUUACAACAGAUGUAUACUGGUCUUCUUGAAAAGAAAGCUGACGAAGAACAAAAAUCUAUUGAAGAAAAAAAGAUUCAGGAAAAAAUUUCGAAAGAAAAAAUUGGUGAAUAUGAAAUGAGAAUUGCAUUAAUGAAAAGUGAAUAUAUGGUCGAUAUGGAAAAUACUAGACUUGAUCAUGAUCAAGAAAUACUUCGUUUGAAAACUAAACUUCAAGAAGCUAUUGCAGCAUCAACAACUAAACCAAAAGGCAAAAAGUGA